ACUUUAUAUAGUUACUUUAAUUUCUCACCCAUCUUUACAUUAACACACAUCUCCUAAACAGGCUGCACAUACACCUGAAAAUACACUCACAAGUCCAGUCAUGGCUUCAGAAAAAAAAAAGGCUGGAGCCUUGAAGCCUUUUUGAGCCCAUCUGCUAUGAAUUAUAUUUCAAAUCAUAGCCAACUAUUUAACAAAACAUGUUGCUGCGGGCAUUUGUAAGUAAUUUGAAUGUAUUUUGUUACGUUCUCAUUUUUAGAGGUAAUGCAGUUUCUAGUUAUUUUCCAUUAAGCUGCGUUAUCACACCACAAUAAUGUAACAUUGACGAGAAUGUAUUUAGAUUUGAUGUUUCUUGUAAUGGAGUGCACAGCUCACACAUGUUUUAAAAGUGUUUCAUACCAUACAGACAUGACUGGAAACCAAUGGAGGUUGAAAAUAGUAAAAAAAAAACAACAAAAUGUCCAAAUACAUAAAAACUGUGCAGAACACAUUAAAACUGGCACAGUAAACAUGAUUUGUAGUAACUUGCAAACACUAGUUUUCUCUCCAAGGUUACUCUGUGUUUGCACAGCAUGCACGCUUGCAUAUGUUCAUGCCGUCCUCCUGCUCCUGCUGUGGCCUUCAGUGCAGAGCUUAGACGAUGCCAGUGUGUGCCAGGUCUCUGCAGGAAGCUAAGGCUUACUGUCAGUCUGAUAGAGAUUAAAGCAUAAAGUUUCACCUGAGGAGGGCUCCGGAGUAUGUUAGAGACAAUUAAGUGAGAUAGACUUGCCAAUAAUUGAGCAUGUUAUGUUUACUGUGCAUUAAAGCCAAUCUUAAGAUGAUUAGUAGUUAUGCUGUGCGCGUAAAGCUUAAUAACCAGUAAUGCAAACACACUAAUAGGAUCUGCGCUGCUGAGUAGAUCCAUAAAAAUAGAACAAUCCUUCGAAGAAGCGGACGCUCUCUCUCUCUCUCUCUCUCACUCUCAGAAGCUUCUGCUCCUGUCCUGGAUGCUGAUGUUUUCAUAGUUCUCGAGAGCUGAAGACAGGAUGAGGCGGCUGCUUGUUCAAAUUCUCUGCAUCACUGAAGUCCUGCUCUGCGCUGCAGCCUCUCCUCCACUUAGCGAGGACACGCUGAAAAAGCUGUCGGAUGCAGGGGAGCAAUAUGUCAAUGAGGAAAUUAAGAGAGCUUUACUCGGGGUGAAGCAGGUGAAGGAAACGAUGGAGAAAAAAGAAGAGAAGCACAGACAUCUCAUGGACGCCCUGAGACACAGCAGCGACAAGGCGAAGGGGGCGAUGCAGCUGGCCAGGGAAACAGAGCAGAAACUCAAAGAAGCUGAAUGGCAGUGUCAAGAUUUAACCAAAUCGACCUUUGAGGAGUGUCGCCCUUGUCUUGAAGACACUUGUAAGACUUUCUUCUCCUCAGUGUGUCGACGUGGAUUCGCCUCUUUUUCUUUCAAGGUGGAGGAGUUUUUCAGGAAAAUGGCGUCCCAGCUGGAAGCAACAGAUCAUGUUUACAAUCAAAACGAGGAGGACGCAGGUGGUGAUCAGAACCAGCUUGCGGAGGACAAAGCCGACCUGGAGCUGCUGCAGGCUGACGUGUCGUUCAGCCAGCUGCUGUCAAACAUCAGCCUCCUGCACAACCAGAGCGUCCAUCUGGUCAAGAAGAUGCAAGAGGUGUUCGGACAUUCCUUCCUGGCGGCCUUCACGACAGAGCUGCAGCCCAGGCCGCUGUCGGUCUUGCAGAGCGGCUCGAGUGCGGGUUUCUUCAGGACGGUCAGUCUGGAUCACAUCCUUGAUUCAGUGUAUGACUUUGGGAAGAACGUGCUGGAGGAAUUCAGCACCACAGUAGCUGAUGUGUUUGAAGAGAUAGAGGAGGCUGAGGAGUAUUUUCAGCAACCAGGAACAGGAUCGUAUUCUGCUUUCGGACAGUCCCAGAGCAGACAUCUGUGCAGACGACUGCGCAGGCAAGCAUCAGAGUGCUGGCAGCUCCAAAGCUUGUGCCAGACAUGUGAGGAUUAUCUGUUGAAAGAGUGUCCGAGUGUCCAGCAGUUGCACUCUGAGAUGGAGGAGAUGUACAUGCUGCUAAACGCCUCCCGUCAGCAGUACGACGACAGGCUGCAGUUGGUCCAGAAACACACGGCAGACACACAGAGGUGGCUCAGCAAUGUGGAUGACAAGUACGGAUGGGUCAGCCAGCUGUUCAACAGCACAGAGGGCCCACAUGACAUCUUCCACGUGAUCACGGUGAAUCCACAGCAGAUACAGAGUAACACACCUAAAGCUGACAGCAGCGUGGUCGUAACCAUACUGGACUCUGCCCCAAUAACCGUCUUGGUCCCGGCAGAUCUGGAGGUGGAUGACCCCAUUUUCAUGCAAUAUGUAGCCCAGGAGGCUCUGACGCUCCACAAACAACAGAUAAGAGGAAUGCAGUAACUUGAAUAUUUCAGCACCUUGACCUUCAGACGCUGAAUAAGACUCUCCUCCGGUUACAGAAAUACUUAAAAUCACCUUUGUAAAACUUGAAAAUGCACUUUAUAGAUGUCUAAACCUACACAUGCUCAGGGCUUUUUGUUCAUAUAUGUUAAUUUUUAGAAUUUAUUAAUAAAAAUGUACACUUUGCUCUUGACA